UAUUAUUUUUUUGAAGGAGGAAACCAGCACAUGCCCGGAUUGUAUGGACACAUUCACUGUUGGCGCUUGGACGUCGUCGCUUGUAGACAUCUACUAGUACUAGUACUAUCGACUUCACGUAGUGCAGAAAUUGUUUUGUGAAUAGCUUGUUGCUUGUCUUGGAAAACGGCGUGGAGAUGGCUAGUCCAACGGCACCAGAAGUGAAGGACAAAAUACUAGACGGCUUCAAACUCAACUGGAUGAACCUGCGUGAUGCAGCUUCCGGCAAGGUGCUCUGGCAGAGUAGCGAAGAUAUGUCCAAGCCAGGAAAAGAGCACAUAGCUCGUGUUCCGAAGAAGAUUCUCAAGUGCAGGAGUGUGUCCCGUGAAAUAAACUUUUCCUCGAGAGAAGCAAUCAAGAAGCUGCGUCUUGAGCAACGUGUUAUCUUGAAUGAUACUGUCCUGGAAGAAUGGUUUUUCGACUUUGGAUUUGUCAUCCCGAACUCCACAAACACAUGGCAGUCAAUCAUUGAGGCAGCACCUGCUCAAGAUAUGAUCCCCGCUAAUGUUCUAAGUGGCAAGGUGAUUAUUGAAACCUUGUUCUUUGACGAAUCAGAGCUGGUCAGUACCUCUCUUGUUCGAGUCUUCUAUGUUUAAGUGGUCCGCACUGACAGCGGUGCCGACUGCUCGCAACGCUGCUGUGAAACGGAUAUGUUCUCUCCAUAAUUUCUACGACAUGAUGGUGGGAAAUCGAACACGUAUAUUAAUAAUAUAUGAACAAAACACGCGCAAGUUCUUGAAACUGCUAACCGCUACCCUCAUAACUCUUCCAUUAUCUAUAACUGUAGCUGUCACUUGAGAACAUGUGUGUACCUUUUUGAACAUCAUUUUGCUUGCCACAUCUUCCUUUUUGUUGUGUGUGUGCCCCGAGCGUGUGGGUGGGUGGGUCUUCCCACUGUUCCUGUGUCUGCUUUGACUUACUGCCUGUCUCUGCUGGUGGCACUUUUAAAGGAUGUUGUUUGGAUAUCAAUGAUUCAGUCGCUUGUGGCUUUCUCUCGUGAUCAAUCUUUCUGUUGUGACGGCCCUACCGUGAAUAUAGCAAAGUGAAAACAUAUUUAUAUCCACUCACACGGGACAGCAAUGAGUUCAUCGCUAUGGAAUGCUCACGAGUCGUGUAAAUUUGUCCUCCUUUUCCAAGCCAGCCAAGUCCUCACAUUUAUUAUCUCCGGCCACCUUGCUUGGUAUGUACUGAAUUUUCAAACAAAUUUUAUUUUGCGCUGAGCCAUAUACUUUUAACAUUUUGUCGGUCG